UAAACCCGCGCUGGGGCACUCAGUUCAGCUCAGCCUCUCACUCCCUUUGCACAGUCAGCGGCCCCGUGCGCCCGACCCCCACGGACGCCAUGGAGCCCGUCUGCCUGGUAGAGCCGGUGCCCAGCUCUGGUGCCCUGCGGGUGAACCCGGCCGCCCUGGGCCUGCUCCGAGGCCUCACCCGGCCCCUCCACGUCCUCGCUGUCUUCGGGCCCUGUGGCACUGGGAAAUCCUUCCUCAUGGACCGGCUGGCGGGGCAGGGUGAAGGUUUCCCCCGCUCCCCGGGGAUCUGGGUGUGGUGCCUGCCCCACCCGACUCAGCCUGACCAGGCCCUGGUGCUGCUGGACACAGAGGGAUUCACCGAGCAAGAGGGCGAUGAGACGAAGCUCUCCCGACUCUUCCUCCUGAACGUGCUGCUCAGCAGUGUCUUUGUCUAUAACACCAGGAGUGAGGGCGACCCCCAGAGGCAGCUCGACCGCCUGACGUACGUGAGGGAUCUGCCCCGGGUAGUGCGAGUGCUGGACGAGUGCUCCUGGGAUAAUAGCUUCCUUCUGAGCAGCGUGCUGCCCGACUUCGUGUGGUGCCUGCGGGACGUGGCGCCCGACCCCUGCCUGGACGAGGUGCUGGAAGCCACGGCCCACGAGCUGGACUCGGCUCUCAGCUCCCCGCAAGAUUCGGAGGACUCCCCGUCCAGCUGCGUACAGAGAUUAUUCCCCUGCCGGAAGCUGUUCCAUUUCUGCUCCCCUCGAGCAGAUGGAGGGCACGGCAAGCCGCCGGCUCUCACAGAGCAGCUGCACCCCAUGUUCCAGGAGCAGAUGGGGCGUUUUAAGGACUACGCCUUGAGCCGGAGCCCGAAGACCGUGGUGGGGAACAGAGUGGUUGAUGGGGCGUUCCUGGCUGAUUUCCUGGAGCGUGUCGUGGACCUGCUGUCCCGAGACGAGCCCGUUCUCUUGAAUGAGCUCUGCAGUGACCUGCAGCAGGAAGGCAGCGAUUACUCCGUGGGGUACCCAAUGGACCCCAUGGGGGGUGCCCCACUCAGGAGAGCAGCAGUCAGCACUGCCCAGCCCUUGGUGCCGGAGCCCAAGGGGAAAGGCGCUGAGCGGCUCUGUGGCAGGUGA